AUGCCUGACGACAUCCCAAAAAUUCCUAGGUGUCGAGGAAGGAGGAACCAGCCCAUUGGUAAGUUACAAAUCAAGACAGUUGCGAUUUAUGAGCGCAAUAUGGAAUUCCUUACAGUUUUUCAGUGUCUUGCUUUUUAUAGAAGGUUCGAUUCAGCUUUGGAGUUUGUCAUCAAGUACACGAACUGUACAACCCUCACCGGAGAAUCGACUGCACACAUAACGAAUUACUCCUAUGCUGACGGUGCUGUACAGUGUUAUCUCUCAUUUAGGAUUACUGACAACUACACGGGAAGCGUAAAAUUCUACUAUGGUUUAAAAGAAUUUUACCAAAACAAUAAACUAUACGUACACUCUCGCAAUGACGUUCAACUUUUAGGGAAUCUAAAUGAGGUAGCCGGUUGUAAGCCUCUUGAUCGUGCCUCCAAUUUUGUUUAUGCUCCUUGUGGAUUCGUCGCAAACUCCAUGUUCAACGAUAGCUUCAAACUGUUUUUUCAUGAUAAACAUGAAGCGGUCAUUAUUGUUCCAUUCACUACAAAAGGCGUGAUACCGGACAAAGUAAGGAAACGAAAGUUCCGUAAUCCAAAGCUUAAAGGGAAUCAGACCCUUUGUGAUGCUUUUCAGAACACUAUGAGGCCACCGUGGUGGCAAAUUGACGUGUGCAAACUAGGCUUCGGUGUUCCGGGUACCGGUAUUGCCUUCGAAAAUGUUGAUUUUAUGGUAUGGAUGCAAACAUCCGCACUCCCAAACUUCAGAAAACACUACAGAACUCUUGAUAAUGAAGUGGAUGGAUUUCGCGAUGGUUUGCCGAACGGUGUCUAUACGCUGGUGAUUAACUACAGUAAGUGUAAAGUUCUAUAA